CCGCCGGAGACCUUGGCCAGGGGUGGGCGCCGAGGCGCCAGUCCGCGCCGCUCUCGAGGCCCAGUGCGCGCGUUCCUGAUCUCCCCGGAGAGUCUGACUCCGGGCUUCGAAGCGAACUGCCGCCUCCCCGGACACCACUUCGCAGAAAUGGAUCAAGAACCACAAAAUGGAGAACCUGCUGAAAUUAAGAUCAUUAAGGAAGCAUACGAGAAAGCCUUUCUGUUUGUUAAUAAAGGACUGAGUACAGAUGAAUUAGGGCAGAAGGAAGAAGCAAAGAACUAUUACAAGCAAGGAAUAGGACAUCUGCUCAGAGGAAUCAGCAUUUCAUCAACAGAGCCUGAACACACAGGCCCUGAGUGGGAAUCUGCUAGACAGAUGCAACAGAAAAUGAAAGAAACACUACAGAACGUACGUACCAGGUUGGAAAUUCUAGAGAAAGGUCUUGCCACUUCUCUACGUAAUGAUCUUCAGGAGGUACCCAAGUUAUAUCCAGAAUUUCCUCCUAAAGACAUGUCUGAAAAGUCUCCAGAGCCUCCAUCCAUUAGUUCACCUACUCUGCACCCUGAAGUAAAUGGAAAUACUUCAAAUACAGGGCCACUUCCUGCACCUAAUUCUGUAGCCUUACCAUCUCCGAGUCAUCCAGCAGAAGCACCUCCUGCUUAUACCCCGCAAGCUGCUGAGGGUCACUACACUGUAUCCUAUGGAACAGAAUCUGGGGAAUUUUCAUCAGUUGGAGAAGAGUUUUAUAGAAAUCAUUCCCAGCCACCUCCUCUUGAGACCUUAGGGCUAGACGCAGAUGAGUUGAUUUUGAUACCAAAUGGAGUCCAGAUUUUUUUUGUAAAUCCUGCAGGAGAGGUUAGUGCACCUUCAUAUCCUGGGUACCUUCGAAUCGUGCGGUUCCUGGACAAUUCUCUUGACACAGUACUAAACCGUCCUCCUGGGUUUCUUCAGGUUUGUGACUGGUUGUAUCCUUUAGUUCCUGAUAGAUCUCCAGUUCUUAAAUGUACUGUGGGAGCCUACAUGUUUCCUGAUACAAUGUUACAAGCAUCAGGAUGCUUUGUGGGAGUCGUCUUGUCUUCUGAAUUACCGGAAGAUGAUAGAGAACUCUUUGAGGAUCUGUUAAGACAAAUGUCUGACCUUCGGCUCCAGACCAACUGGAACCGGGCAGAAGGAGAAAAUGAAUUCCAAAUCCCUGGAAGAUCAAGAGGCCCUCCUGACCAAUUGAAAGAAGCCAGUGGCACUGAUGUGAGACAGUUAGAUCCUUCAUUGGACCAAGGCAGUAAGGAUGUGCGUCAUAAAGGAAAACGAGGGAAAAAGACAAAAGAUACUUCAAAUGAAGAAGUUAAUCUGAGUAACAUUGUACCCUAUGAGCCAGUUUCAGAAGAAAAAGCAAAGGAAUUACCUGAAUGGAGUGAAAAAGUGGCUCAGAACAUUUUGUCAGGUGCUUCCUGGGUGAGUUGGGGUUUAGUCAAAGGUGCAGAAUUUACUGGCAAAGCAAUCCAGAAAGGCGCUUCUAAACUUCGAGAACGGAUUCAGCCAGAAGAAAAACCUGUGGAAGUUAGCCCAGCUGUGACCAGAGGACUUCAUAUAGCAAAGCAGGCCACAGGAGGAGCAGCAAAAGUCAGCCAGUUCUUGGUAGAUGGAGUUUGCACUGUAGCAAAUUGUGUUGGAAAGGAACUAGCUCCACAUGUCAAGAAGCAUGGAAGCAAACUUGUUCCCGAAUCUCUUAAAAAAGACAGAAAUGGGAAGUCUCCUCUGGAUGGUGCCAUGGUUGUAGCAGCAAGUAGUGUUCAAGGAUUUUCAACUGUCUGGCAAGGAUUGGAAUGUGCAGCUAAAUGUAUUGUUAACAAUGUUUCAGCAGAAACCGUACAAACUGUCAGAUACAAGUAUGGGCAUACUGCGGGAGAAGCUACACAUGAUGCAGUAGAUUCUGCCAUCAAUGUUGGUGUAACUGCCUAUAAUAUUGACAACAUUGGUAUCAAAGCAAUGGUGAAGAGAACUGCAAAACAAACUGGACAUACACUCCUUGAGGACUAUAAACUAGUUGAUAAUUCUAAGGGGGGAAAUCAAGAAGUGGGAGAAAAUGUAAAUGUGAAAGGGGAGAAUGAUGAUCAGACCAAGGAACUAAAGAAGAAGGAGUCAAAGAAGAACGAUAAAUGAUGGAAAUGCUGUGAAUUACCUAUACCAAAGCCUUAUAAAAUGAAUGCAGUUUUGUUAAAUAGGCAGAUGUGGAUUUCCCACAGAUUAACCUGUAUUUAAACAAUGUAUUCAUUCUUACUAAGUGACUUGUUUCAUAAGCUUUAUGGCAUGUAUUCUACUUAAAAGGAAAAGAAUCAGUAUUCUUGCAUCUGGCCCUUGGAAAUAUACAGUUAUAUUCUCAGUAAGUUUAUUUUUUUCUAAAUGUGGCUAAAAUAUUUUUGCAGUUAAGACUAAUCAUAUGUAUAUUAUAAACCUCAUUAAACCUAUUGUUAAACUAUUUUUGUAUUUACUAUCUUUCAGAAAGUAGGAAAGUAUGAGGAAGUAACAAGGUAGGAGAUUAUAUAUUUACAUAAAACUUAGUUCAAUUUGUACUGGCAAAGGAUCACUUAAAAUAUUGUUUCCUCUUUAUGUACUAAUGGUGAAUUUUUUUUUAUAGGUGCUUGUCAGAAUUUUAAGUGUAUAAGCUAAAAAACUGUAAUCUUAAACUAAAAGAACUUUCAUUUAACAUUUAAAAGCCUUCAAAACAUGAAGAGACUACUCGUGAAUAGUAAAAUGAGGUUCUAUAAAAUUAUUUGAUAGCUUAUCUCUGUUAGAAAACAUGAUUAUCUUUUUUAUUUAAAAUAAGUACAGAUUUUUAAAUAUUCUGGAUUUAGACUGGUAUUGAUCUGUUAGGAGUCUUAGAAAUAUUGGGGGAUGAGUGGCAGCCUACUAAAAUUUGAAAUGAUUAUUACCAGCUUAAUUAGACAAAAGAGGACUUUAACAAAACAUGUUACCAUAUUUACUUCUGUAAGUUUUUCCAGAAGACUAAAAUUUUGUAAAAACUCCAACACAAAACAGUUGUGUUUACAGAUGGUAAAUAUAUUUUUAUUUGGGAUUCAGUCAGUGGAAUUUUAUAUAUUAAGAAACCAACAAAGGAUAUUAUUAGAAAAGUUUCUAUUCAUAAUCAGGAUAAAAUUGUGAAGAACGUAGCUUUAACUAACCCAUUUUGGGUGGGCAUAAUAGUUUACACUCUGGCAGACCAGGCUGUUUCACAGACUUAUAAGCUAUAAAUAUGUAAGUAAAUACCUAAUGGCAUUUAAUUUUGUUUACUGAUUUUAAAAGAUUGGUGUUGGUUUUUAUGGCUGUAGUCCAUUCUGAUAUUUCCGAACCUCUAAUGGCUACAGUUUAUUGAAUUCAUGUAAAAUUGUCCAAAGAAUAUAUUUGUGAAUAAAGUGCCCCUGAGUUAAUUGGCUUCAAAUGUAUACAUGAGCUUGGAUUUCAGGAACACAUUGAAUUAGUAGUGCCUUUCCCUAAAACCAAGGAUAUUGUACUAGUGUUAAAAUGGAAAUAAAAUUCACUUGGUAAAUGGCUGCCGAUCCAUCUCUGCUUUGUUUAAGAAAUGGAAUGACAAAUAGUAUAGCCUAAAGAUUAAAAAGUAACCUUAGACCAGAAGUUAGCAAAUCUGGAUUUGCCAACUAGGUAUGUAGUUACCCAUUUCAAUUCGUUCUGUUUACCUGGUUGUGGGUUAAUUCUUUGGAUUAAUAGCUAGAUAAAUUUUGAUCAAAAUAGCUGCAAUGUUUGCAUUCUCCAGAGAAACAGAGUCAACGGAAGUUGACUUUUGUACAACAGAGCCCAUGGCUCUGUCAAGCUGACAGAGUUAUAUGCUGUGCAAUCAGCAUAUAACUGUUGGCCCCACAAAAUUUAGUAGUCUACUAUUGACUAGAAGCCUUACUGAAAACAUAAACAGUUGAUUCACAC